AGUCCAAACAUGGAGGUUGGGUAGGUGGGUUGAAAACUCCAACGUCAAAACAAGACAACUGAGUCGGUAACACAUAUAAAUUGGUGGGGUUCCUUAGUGUCAGCUGAGUCUGCUAAAUCUAAUUGGGCGAGUUUUGACCCCAUUGAAGUCUCUCACUCACAACCAAACUCCAUACAGAUUUUGCAGAGAAAAAAAAAAAGCAAUGGCAGUGGUUGCUUCAGCUCCAGGGAAGGUUUUGAUGACCGGAGGCUAUCUGAUUUUGGAGAGACCGAAUGCUGGGCUUGUGCUCAGUACAAACGCUCGCUUUUACGCCAUUGUUAAACCUCUUUACGAUGAUAUCAAGCCCGAUAGCUGGGCCUGGGCAUGGACAGACGUGAAACUAACAUCUCCUCAGCUCUCCAGAGAAAGCAUGUUUAAACUGUCACUGAAAAAUUUUACGCUUCAACCUGCCUCUUCAAGUGAGUCAAGGAACCCUUUUGUGGAACAAGUAGUGCAAUACUCUGUCGCAGCAGCACAUGCAACAUUUGAUGAGAGCAAGAAGGAUUCAUUACACAAACUACUAUUGCAAGGUCUUGAUAUCACCAUUUUAGGUAGCAAUGACUUUUAUUCAUAUCGGAAUCAGAUUGAAGCACGUGGCCUCCCUUUGACGCCAGAUGCAUUGGCUGCUCUUCCUCCUUUUGCGUCAAUUACCUUUAAUGCUGAGGAAUCAAAUGGUGAAAAUUGUAAGCCUGAAGUUGCAAAAACUGGAUUGGGUUCAUCUGCAGCUAUGACAACGGCUGUUGUUGCUGCUUUGCUUCAUUACUUGGGUGUUGUUGACCUUUCGUCACCUAAGGAUCAACAACAAGAAAAUGAUACUGGGGAUCUGGAUACAGUGCAUAUUAUAGCUCAAACUGCUCACUGCAUUGCACAAGGGAAGGUUGGCAGUGGAUUUGAUGUUGCCUCUGCUGUUUAUGGUAGCCAACGUUAUGUUCGGUUUUCACCAGAAGUGAUCUCAUCUGCUCAGGUUGCAAUAAAGGGAGCUCCCCUGCAAGAAGUCAUUCUUGAAAUCCUAAAAGGAAAGUGGGAUCAUGAGAGGACUAAGUUUUCCUUGCCACCAUUGAUGAAUCUUAUACUGGGAGAACCAGGAACUGGAGGAUCAUCCACACCAUCAAUGGUAGGUGCUGUCAAAAAAUGGCAGAAGGCUGACCCUCAAAAAUCCUUGGACACAUGGAAAAAGCUGUCAGAGGCUAAUUCAGAUCUGGAAACGCAACUCAACACAUUAAGUAAAUUGGCAGAAAAACACUGGGAUCAAUAUAAAAGCAUAAUAAACCGUUAUAGCACGCUUAAACCAGAGAAGUGGGUGGAGCAAGCCACUGAACAAAGCCAAGAGGCAAUCACUAAAGCAUUAUUAGGAGCAAGAGAUGCUAUGCUUAGGAUCCGGUAUCAUAUGCGUUUGAUGGGCGAGGCUGCAGGUGUUCCUAUUGAACCACAUUCACAAACACAACUUUUGGAUGCUACUAUGAAUAUGGAAGGGGUAUUGUUGGCUGGAGUUCCAGGAGCAGGUGGUUUUGAUGCAAUAUUUGCUGUUACAUUUGGAGAUUCUAGCAGCCAUUUGAUAAAAUCAUGGAGUGCCCGCAACGUUCUAGCCAUGUUAGUUAGAGAAGAUCCUCGUGGCGUUUCUUUAGAGAGUGCUGAUCCACGAGCAAAGGAAAUUACUUCAUCCAUUUCUGAAGUUAAAAUUGAAUAAACUUUUAUCCUUCAAUUAUUUCUUAGAAGUUAGAUUUUUUUUAUUUUCUUUUGAAGAGUAAUAAAUUGGUGAAUGUGUGAGGGAAAAAAGUAGAAAAGACUAAUAAAUUAGUGAAUGUGUGAGGGAAAAAAGUGGAAAUACUUUCACUGGACAAUGGAAACAGGUUUUCACCUGUUAUAAUCUCCUUGAAUUUUUUUUCAAUAAAGUUGCCAAUUCCAAGUUUUUUCUGCA